AUGUUAUUAUGCUCUUUUCUAAAGUUACCACCAACACGAAAUCACUCAAAGCCACAAUAUUUCACUUGCUGUGGUCGUAUCCAUGUUAAGGAAGCACUUCUGAUGAUAGUAAUUGGAACACUUUCGUGGGAUGUGCUGAGAUGGGCCAAUUUUGUGUUACAAAAACACGUUACUGCAGACUGGUUAGAGAUAUUCACCGAGGCAUUUGAUGCACUGUUUGGCAUUUUAUUGCUUGUUGCUUAUUUGAGCGAAUCCGGACCACUUUUACUGCCUUAUCUGUUCAUGCAGUUACUUACGCUGAUUGUUUCAUUGGUACUCUAUUUUAUAUGCACAACGACAAUUUUUUGGAUCGAUAGCCCGUGGGCCGUUCAUUUUCAACAUGGCGAUGAACCAAACGCUGUGGAUACACGUUUAAGAGCUUUCUUGUACUCGUUAUUCGUCGCCGCUUUCUCAUUGAUUUUAAUCUGGGUUAUACGCGUCAUUUUGGCGUCGUAUCGAUUCUUCGAUGAGAAGAGUAUGUGCAGAAGUCAACAAAGGCGUGAUCAUGCAGUCAUCUUCAACAAUAAGACGAACGGCUGUGUUGUCCAGCCGACAUCUCGAGGACAGUUUACGUCUCGAAAUGAUUUGAUGACAUCGAUUUCAUUGGAUAAACAUUCCAAUAAUCAACGACUUCGAAUAUACACCAAUGAGAAUUUUACGUUAUCCGAUGAAGAUGCAGAGGACGAACGUGAAGAUCAAUUAUGGCCACAACCAAUGAUUCAUAAUAAUGCUGGUAUUAUCAGUUGCUCUAGUCACAGUAACUUCCAUGAUGAUAGUGGUGAUAUGAGUGAUGAUAUUAAUACUGAUCGGAAUUUGAAUAACGUACCUCUUGCUCUGUAA